AAAAGGCUACGAGAUCGCAUACUAGACAGUCAUCCAGAGACAGGGCCAUUCCCUAACGUUAGAACCUUUCACGACCGGUUGUCAUGGCUGUGGCGGCGUAUUGCCCCAGAGCCGGAACAAGUGCCAGACCCUUGGAGGAAGUCCUUGCCGGAUGACUGUCCUAUAGUUUUUACGCACUCUGACCUUCAUCGAAAUAAUAUUAUUAUCACGACUACGACUCCUGCGAGAGUCCUAAGCAUUAUUGACUGGGAACAGGCUGGGUGGUAUCCUGAGUAUUGGGAGUAUUGCAAAGCUAUGUAUUCUGUAGGCGACUGGGAAGACUGGCGAGGUGGUGGAUGGAUCGACUCUUUCCUUACCCCACACCCACAAUCUAAGGAGGCUUGGGACUUCAUCUGCAAUAGCAUUGGAGGGUUCUGA